AUGUUUCCAUUGAUUAUUCUUAUUUAGAUUACACUUCAAUAAUAAUUAACACAUUAAAUUUUGAGACCUUAAAAAAUAAAUUAAGAAUUGAUUUCUGAUAGAAUGGAUUGCAAAUAUAAUCAAUCAAUAAUUAGUGAUAUUUGUAAUAAUUGCAAAGCUAAACAUGCUUAUAUAUUAGAUGAAUAGAAUUGGUUAAUUUUUGGUGUAUAUCAUGAAUUUGGGUACAAAUUAAUUAUUAAAGAAGUAAAGAAUAUAAAGAAUUGAUUGAAUCAAUCUAAAAAUAUUAUUAAAAAGGAAUCAUUUAUGCAACUUUUAAUUAAGAAUUUAUAUGUUUAUCCAUUUAAGAUGCAAAUGUAAAUUUAGAAGAAUUUCUAAACAAUAUGUACUAUUAUCAAUUACCAAAAUCAUUUUAUCCAUUAGAUAAACGUACCUUUAUUAUUUUAUUAGGUCUGUAAAUUGCAUAAAAAGUGAAAUAGAUGUGAGAUACAAUUAAACUAACAAUAAUUUUACAAUUACUAAUUUUGUAUUUAAUGGUUAUUCUAAGACUGAUCGAUAUCUAUUACAAUUAUCUAAUUAUAAUGUAACCAUAAAUAAUCAUAAUGUAUAUUUAAUAUUAAUUAUAGGUUACCUUAAAUAAAUCAGGUAUACUUUUAGAUAAUUCUUAAACAAACUAAAUCUAAUUAUAUUAAAAUGUAGUUGGUUCAAAAUAUUAAAAUGAAGUAUUAAAACUACACUUUUAAUAAUUUGAAUAAGGUAUCUAAGGUUUUAUACAUGAAAAUUUUGCACCCUAUUAUUAAGAUGUUAUUAAUAUUUAAAAAAUGAAAAAUCUUAAAAGUGAAUUAACAGUAAAAAUUUCAAAAGAAAAAAAUGCUAAUAAAAAAAAAUAUAAUUUAUACUUAAGUUUUGAUUGA